CGAUUUCAUUCACAGUUACUCGGGCUGCCAAGGAGCUGAAGCGGUGGUUGUUUCAUUCGCCCAAGCGUUAUUACUGCAGAUCGCGAUUAAUUCUCGACUUCGGCGCAAAGCGGGUCACAUCAGGUAGCUCCAACCGCUCCUCACAGAGGGAGAGAGAGCAGACAUAGAGCAGCGCUACAUGCGCGUGCUCCUCCUCCUCACAGCAGCAGGGAGUGCGCUGCGACCACCGAAGAUGGCGACCCUGAGACAGACGGCCCACGGCCUCGCCGCGAAGACCGUCGCCCGCGAGGACGCGACGACGUCUCGAUUACUGGCCCUCGAGGCGGAGCGCCGCGAGUUGCAAGCCAGACUCGCCGCGAACGAGGAGCGGCAGCGGGCACUAGCUCUAGGCAAGGACGUCGAGCCCAAGCCGCCGCGCGUGCUCAAGAAGUCGUCUUCAGCGUCGUGCGAAGCGUCCCCAACGGUUUGGUCCGACGAGUGCGAUAUUGACUACGACGUCGAGGACUCGAGUCCAGCCCUGGCGCCGGACGAGUCGACGACGGAGUUUUUACUAGGCGCCGCAUCCCGGGGAAGCUGGCUGGUUGGUCUACUGGCGGCGCAGUCGCUGUCCAGUCUCGUCUUAGAAGCGAAUGAGGUCGUCAUCCAGAAACACCCGGUCAUCGUCUUCUUCCUGACGAUGCUGGUGGGUGCCGGCGGCAACGCGGGCAACCAGGCGGCCGUGCGAGUGAUCCGGGGGCUGGCGGUCGGCGCGGUCGUGCCCGGAGAAAAUGGUGCGUCGUUCGUGUUACGGGAGGCGCGCAUGGCCCUGGUGCUGGCUGCGGCGUUGAGUGUGGUGGGCUACUGCCGCGUCAUCGCCUUCACGGCGAACACGUCGUCGACCGAGGCGCUGGCGGUCGCGGCGUCGCUCUUUUUGAUAGUGGCGCUCUCGAUCGUGCUGGGGGCAGCAUUACCCAUCUUCCUCGAGAAGAUCAAUGCGGGCGCCUCGAAUGCGGCGACGACGAUCCAGGUGGUCAUGGACGUCUCGGGCGUGCUCAUCACGUGCGCGGUGUGCGGCUACCUGCUGGACGGGACGUCGCCUUUAGCGGUAUUGCUGCCGGGGGUUGCGGGGUAAGGUGUGGAGU